UCAUAAUUGAUGAUUCAUUUUAUUUUUAUUUUGUUGACUCUUUUUCUCUUUUUGCAUAUCGAACAACAAAACGAUUUUUAAAAAUUAAAUUAAAUUAAAUUAAAUUGAAAAAUUAAGUACGAUUAGGUCAUCGAUUAAGGCUAGUUCUUUCAAGAGAUAACAAAGCGAUUUACGUAUUACAUAGGUUAGAAGAUAGACACGAUCUGACCUUACUUUCCUUUUUAUCUUACACAUCACAUCAUAAAGGUCAUACACAAAAUACCAUCUAUGACAGUCAAACAAUUCCAAGUCAAAGUCCCCGCUUCUUCAGCUAAUAUAGGACCUGGGUUCGAUGUUUUGGGGAUUGGUUUACAAUUAUACUUAACUAUCACCGUCACUAUAGAUCCAUCGAAAGAUACCAGUUCUGAUCCUCAUAAUGUCAAAUUAACCUAUGAAGGAGAUUUAGAACAUAAAGUCCCAUUAUCAUCCGAUAAGAACUUGGUUACUCUGACUGCAUUAUACAUCUUAAGGGCUAAUGGUAUCACUAGUUUUCCAAAGGGUACUUUUAUUCAUGUUAAUAAUCCAAUCCCAUUAGGUAGAGGAUUAGGAUCAUCUGCAUCAGCUAUUGUGGGUGGGAUAAUGUUAGGGAAUGAAAUUGGUGAAUUUAAAUUCUCAAAGAAUAGAUUAUUAGAUUAUUGUUUAUUAAUCGAAAGACAUCCUGAUAAUAUCGCUGCUGCUAUGUUAGGUGGGUUUGUUGGUUCAUAUCUUAAUGAAUUAUCUCCUGAAGAUGAUGAUCAUAUUAAUGUCCCAUUAGAAUAUGUAUUACCAAAAGAUUCUACUCCAAAGGAUAAAUAUCUUAGUAUUCCUCCACCUCAAGAGAUUGGUGAAUAUGUUCAAUAUAAUUGGAAUCAUCAAGUUAAAUGUAUAACCAUUAUCCCAAAUUUCGAAGUUUCAACUGAUGAUGCAAGAGGAGUCUUACCACCAAAUUAUACUAGAAAGGAUAUUGUUUAUAAUUUACAAAGAUUAGCAGUCUUAACUACCGCAUUAACUCAAGAAAAAGUCAAUCAUAAUUUAAUUUAUCAAGCUAUGAAAGAUAAAAUCCAUCAACCUUAUAGAGCAGGAUUAAUUCCAGGUUUAACCAAAGUAUUAUCAAGUUUAACUCCUGAUUCUCAUCCUGGAUUAUGUGGGAUUUGUUUAUCAGGGGCUGGUCCAACGAUAUUAUGCUUGGCUACAUCUAAUUUCGAUUCCAUUGCUGAAUCUGUCAUUGAUAUUUUUAAAGCUGCUGGUGUGGAAUGUAGUUGGAAAUUAUUGGAUUUAGCAUAUGAUGGUGCUGUUGUUGAACAACAAAAUUAAUCCUAUUCCUUUCGACUGUAAUUAGAAAAAUACCCAUUCUUAUAACAUGUUCUACUUAUGUAUAUACUCCUAUCCCGAUAAAUAUAAAAAAGUUUUUAGAUUGCUUGCUUUAUCAAUAUCUAUCAUUCUAAUUAUAACUUCUAAUUCGUAAAUUAUUAUU